AUGUCUUCACAGCGCGGAACAGGCUCGCCCUCGCAGGGCGAUCACUCUGUUCGCUUUAGUACGCAGAACCAGGAGAUCGAACCCGAACCAAACCUCUCACCCGUGCGCUCUCUCACCGGUCACGAUGGACAGAGGGAGAACCUGACGCCCGAGGCCGAAGAGGAACUGAGACAACUCAAGACGACGCUCCAAAAUGGCUUGCAAUCAAAGCGCAUGGAGCACUACUCGUUCGAGCCCGUCUCGCUGCCCGGUUCCCAGCCAGUAUCCAGAGUGCCCUCGGGUCAAUCUCACAGACGACCUGUCAUGCAUGCCGGUUCCGCACAUCCCUCUCCUCGCCCAUCUCCUCCUGCCUCUACCUUCCACUCCCCGCCCCUUACCCCGUCGGCGUCCCGCUCUCGCGAGGGCAAGCCUGCAGCCAGCACAGCUGCCUCCGUUUCCCACUUGGCCAAAGCAAGAGCAGCAGCGGAUGUUGUUACUCCUCAAAUGUCCGCUUCACCUCAGCCUGGCUCGCGAGUCCCCUCGUCCGACGAGACUGGUGUAUCCGCGCAUCCCAAGCAACAGCCCAGGUUCUCCCUCGGCCCUACUAGUGACUCCAUGCCACCUUCCCGUGACCAUAGCCCCAAUGCGUCGGGAGCAAGCACCCCGACCGGCUCAGGAACUGUCACACCAUCGGCAACGUAUACAAAGCCAUGGCCCCAGGGCGACAAGGACGAUCCAUAUGCUCGUAGCAAGAGAGCCCCUCCUACCCGUAACGUAGAUUCCAUCGACGCUCGCUUCCGCUUUGGAAACAGAGACCCUCGCAAGGGACACAGCACUUCUGGUACCUCGCUGGUCUCGCUCCCAGCAACUGUAAAUACCUCGAGCUCGGCGAGCCUCAAGCCACCCGGCGACUCGGACAAGAGAACGAGCUUCUUCGGCGGCAAGAAGCAUGACCAUCACCAUGAUGACACUAUCAAGGACAAGGACAAGUCUGCUUCCAAGGUCAGCCUGAAGCGCUUCUUCAAGAUUGGCGAAAAGAAAGACAAGAGCCGUGCCAACUCGCCCGUUAGAACCGGCAGUUCGACACCGACCAGCCAAUCCCAGAGUCUGCCGUUCGCCGAUGACCAUGGACUGGCUUCCAAGUAUGGCAAGUUCGGCAGAGUCCUUGGCUCUGGAGCUGGCGGAUCUGUCAGACUGAUGAAGAGAACCGCCGAUGGCAAGACUUUUGCCGUUAAGCAGUUCCGAGCUCGACAUACGUACGAGAGCGAAAGAGAGUACAACAAGAAGGUUACUGCUGAAUUCUGCAUUGGUUCAACUCUCCAUCAUGGCAACAUUAUUGAAACGAUUGAUAUUAUUCAUGAGAAAGGCAGUUGGUUCGAGGUCAUGGAGUACGCUCCUUACGACCUUUUCGCAAUUGUCAUGACUGGCAAGAUGUCUCGCGAUGAAAUCACUUGCUGCACUUUGCAAAUCCUCAGCGGUGUUCUGUAUUUGCACAGCAUGGGCCUUGCACACCGUGACCUCAAGCUUGACAAUGUUGUGGUUAACGACCACGGCAUCAUGAAGAUUAUCGAUUUCGGCAGUGCUGUAGUGUUCAGAUACCCCUUCGAGAACGACAUUGUACUCUCCACAGGUGUUGUCGGCUCAGAUCCCUACCUCGCUCCUGAGGUCUACGAUAACUCGCGAUACGACCCGCAACCCGCCGAUAUCUGGUCGAUCGCCAUUAUUUUCUGUUGCAUGUGCUUGCGCAGAUUCCCUUGGAAGGCGCCAAGGAUUUCCGACAACUCCUACAGGCUCUUCGUCUCACCUCCGGAUCAUAAUCAAGAUCAGCUCCUUGCUCAGUCCAGGCAAUCUGUCAGUAACGGAGCCUCGAAGACAGAGAACGGCGGCUCAGUCACCCAGGGAGACCAAGCAAGUCAACAGAUCAAGGGUCCGUUACGUUUGCUUAGACUGCUACCACGCGAUACCAGACACAUUAUUGGUCGUAUGCUUGAGCUUGACCCGCGCCGUCGUGCAACCAUGGAUGAGAUUCUUGCCGACCCUUGGGUUCAGAACGCGUAUGUGUGCAGACAGGAAGAGGGCGGUGAGUGCUAUCACGCGCCUGGUCACACCCACGUUCUUGAACCAGGCGGUAGCGCUCAAGCACCACCAAAGAAGUAG